GCGCAGUGCCGCGGCCCAGGGAAAGGGGCGGAGCCUCCCCACCGCCGCCUCACGGAUCCGCCGCCAUCUUGUUUCUCGGCCGCUAGGCGCUCGCUCCGCUCUGGUCGUCCCCUCCCCCUCCUUCCCGCCUCCCUGCAGCCGGGCCGGAGGCAGCGCGGACGCCGGGCGGAGGCGGCGGAGGUCGCGGCGCUGGCUGCCCCGUUAUCAGAAUGUCCACGGAUGGUGGCUUCGGCACAGCUAGCAACAGCGAUGCUCAGCAAAGCCUUCAGUCCUUCUGGCCACGAGUCAUGGAGGAGAUACGCAAUCUCACAGUGAAAGACUUCAGAGUUCAAGAACUGCCCCUGGCUCGUAUUAAGAAGAUAAUGAAGCUAGAUGAAGAUGUGAAGAUGAUUAGUGCUGAAGCUCCUGUGUUGUUUGCCAAGGCAGCUCAGAUAUUCAUCACGGAAUUGACGUUGCGAGCGUGGAUACACACUGAAGAUAACAAACGCAGGACUCUGCAGAGGAAUGACAUUGCCAUGGCAAUUACAAAGUUUGAUCAGUUUGACUUUCUCAUUGAUAUUGUUCCAAGAGAUGAACUGAAGCCUCCAAAGCGCCAGGAAGAGGUGCGUCAGGCUGUGACCCCAGCUGAACCUGUACAGUAUUAUUUCACCCUUGCUCAGCAGCCUGCUGCGGUGCAGGUUCAGGGGCAACAGCAAGGACAACAGACCACCACAUCUACAACUACUAUCCAGCCAGGACAAAUCAUCAUCGCCCAGCCACAGCAAGGGCAGACCACUCCCGUGACAAUGCAGGUUGGAGAAGGUCAGCAGGUACAGAUCGUGCAGGCGCAGCCGCAAGGACAAACGCAGCAGGCUCAGAGUGGAACUGGGCAGACCAUGCAAGUCAUGCAGCAGAUCAUCACCAAUACAGGAGAAAUCCAGCAAAUACCGGUUCAGUUGAAUGCUGGCCAGCUGCAGUAUAUCCGCUUAGCCCAACCUGUGUCAGGCACCCAGGUAGUCCAGGGGCAGAUCCAGACGCUUGCAACCAAUGCACAGCAGAUAACGCAGACAGAAGUCCAGCAAGGACAGCAGCAGUUCAGCCAGUUCACAGACGGACAGCAACUCUAUCAGAUUCAGCAAGUGACCAUGCCUGCAGGCCAGGACAUUACCCAGCCCAUGUUCAUUCAGUCCACCAACCAAACCUCAGACGGCCAAGCCACGCAAGUGACGGGGGACUGAACGGUGAUGUUGCAGCAAAUAUUCGCGCUGCGUGGAAAUGAAUGUGUACCAGCUUGACGUUUGCCAUACCAGCCUGGUUUGAUGAAUACAUCUGCUUCUGUGUAUCUGUACUUGAUAUUAAGCCUAUAGUAGGCUGUGAUCUCUGGUGCACUCUACACCUUCCUCUGGUGGGUAUGAGAGAAUAUCCAGCAGAAACUGACAAGGAUGCAAUAUUUUUUUUAUUAUUAUUUUAGAAAUCAAUAUUUCAGUGUAUUCAGCUGCUUGUCCAACCUCAUAAAACUGAAGAGAGUUAAUCAAAAGGAAUUAUAGCAUCUCAUUGAACAAUGUGUAAACUGUUUUAUCUAGUAAAAUUAUUAAAGGGUACUGCAUCUGGUUUGUCCCAAGAGAUUUAUUCCUGGUAUUCUGUUUGUACUCCUCUUUGAAUAGAGCUAGAUUCAGUCCUCCCAUCCUGGUGGUUUAUUAGGGGUGUAUGGGGGGAGUGUGUGUGUGUUAGGUUUUCCUCUCCUGCCUCCUUUUUUGGAAAGCCUCAGCAUUGGAUAUAUGCAGCUGGGGGGAAGGGAGUAGGGAAGGAAUAAUUAAAAUGAAAACAAAAAACAUUCCUUAUAUUAUGAUUGUAUUUUCUAAGGGCAAAAGAUUUUUUUGAUUUGGCCUGGUUUAUUCCAGAAACACUAAAGGAAGUCUGGACAAACCCCAGCCCUGUUGUUAACUGUUGUACUAGCUUCAGUCGAUGCAUGUAAUAUAAGCUUCGUAAAAUGAAAUAAAUUUUCUUUGUAAGAUAA